AUGGGUGAAGAGAAGGAACGUCUUUCUGGCGUUGGCUCGCGUCCUUCGCCAGGUCUCCCGACUGUUAAUCCAAAUGUAGAAAAAUUGCAGUCACAACAAGACCUAAAGUCAAAUGGGAUUCAUCCUGCCGUAUACGUCACCGUUUGGAUAUCUCUUUCAUCUAGCGUUAUUCUAUUUAACAAAUGGAUCCUAUCAACCCUUCAGUUUCAUUACCCAAUUCUUCUCACGGCAUGGCAUCUAGUAUUUGCAACUAUCAUGACUCAAAUAUUAGCCCGAACCACGAAGUUCCUGGAUGGUAGAAAGACUCUUAAGAUGACAGGAAAAGUAUACCUAAGAGCAAUCGUGCCAAUUGGACUCUUUUUCAGUUUGUCACUAAUAUGUGGGAAUUUGACAUAUCUCUACUUGAGUGUCUCAUUUAUCCAAAUGCUCAAAGCGUUUACUCCGGUUGCGGUUCUAGUAGCAGGAUGGGUGCUCGGUAUCGACCCAGUGGAUCUCAAAAAGUUGGGAAAUGUUUCAUUUAUCGUUAUUGGAGUUGCACUAGCAUCUUUCGGAGAAAUUGACUUUGUAAUGAUCGGCUUCUUAUACCAAGUAGGAGGAAUUAUAUUUGAAGCAGUAAGAAUUUGUAUGGUUCAAAGGUUGCUAAAUGGUGCCGAGUUUAAGAUGGAUCCAUUGGUAUCGCUCUAUUACUUCGCGCCAGUCUGCGCAGUCAUGAACCUAACUGUGGCGCUAUUCUGGGAGGUUCCAAAAAUUUCAAUGGCAGAAAUAUACGCCGUCGGGAUCAGUACAUUCUUUGCUAACGCCUGCUGUGCUUUCUUGUUAAACGUUUCUGUCGUAUUUUUGAUUGGGAAAACAUCGGGCCUUGUUCUCACCCUAUGCGGUGUUCUCAAAGAUAUCUUACUCGUGGCAGCUUCAAUGAUCAUUUGGGGCACCCAAAUAUCGGGACUCCAAGCCUUCGGCUACACCAUUGCACUCGGCGGAAUGAUAUACUACAAGCUCGGACAGAAGGAGCUCAAGCCAUUUCUCUCCGAACUUGGAAGAAGAUGGGCUGAAUUCGGCGCAACCAAGCCUAUUCUCCGCAAACUUCUCACCUUUACCUUGUCUAUAGUUGUCUUUUUCUUUAUACUUGGUGGCCUUGCUCCGACAUACGCGCCCGAAUACGACCCAAAAAGUUACCUUGAGGCGGCGAAAAAUUCAUUUGGUAGUGUCUAG